AAAGGACGCCCAGGGUUCUGUGGUUCUCCCAUGUUCUCAUUGUACUUGCUACAAGAGCCCAGUAGUUUGGGAGGACAGUAAACACAGCCAGCUGUCCUGCAAGAGUCCAGAGUUUGUUUUAAUGAGCUUGGCCAGACUCCAUGCUGAUUAAUCCAGAGAGAGUUUAGAACACGGAGUUGAGAGUAAAACCAUUGUUCUGUUGUGGUUUUUAUUUUGAUAAGCAAAGACUAUCUCUGAAAUCCUCUAGGCCCUAUUGCUGGACCCAUUACUGCAGUUUAUUCGGUUUUUAACAGAUGUUGUUUUUCACCCUUUGGAUGGAAAGGGUUAUCUCACUCAUUAAAACCUUGCUAUUUUGCUUUGUUUCAAGGGUCUGCGGACUUCAGGAAUGUCAAGGGCCCCUCACUUGCGAAAACCAGUCGUCCAGGGAAGGGAGAAGACUGAAGUCCAAAGGGGUCCUUCCUUUUCUCUUGCGUGGGAUCUCAGGCUCAACUCAACCCAACAGAUAGACACGUGGAGAAACAGAAAUUCAUUCCGAGAGUGAGGGGGGUGGACGACUCAGCGCCAUGCUUAGACGCGACUGGAUUGUUAACAACUUCCUGAGUGAUGGAUCCUGCCACCAAGAUGUUUCUAGCGACUGAGCUUUGAUGAACCCAGCGCACCAUGUACAGCGUGGAAGACCUCCUGAUUUCUCACGGAUACAAAUUGUCUCGAAACCCCCCAGCACCACGUGAGGACAGCUAUGAGGGCCAUCGGCCUGAUGUGACGAGGACUCGAGGUGGCCACGGCAUGUUGAACGGGUAUGAGAAUGAUCCUGCAGCCUUCGUCCCGAGUAAGAAAUUCCUGGGGAGACGAUGCCUGAGUGACUCCGAGAACCGCCGAGGCACCCCUAGAAGCCACGGGGAGCCCCAGAGUUCUGCUUUCAGAACUUCGGACGUGGGGUUUUAUAACCAACCACCGUUAGCGCGGUCCCCUCAGCCGCAGACUGGGAACAGCCAGGCCUACUGGAGGAGAAGGGGACAGGAGUACGGUGGCUGGCUGGGACCGAGGGACCGAGAGGACCUGGAGGUCAGAGGCUUGGCCCCAGCCCACGGUCGGCCUGUCCGCGUGAGGGAGGGCCCACGGGACGUCAGAGCGAGGACAGAGAAUGUGACAAAGAAGGCAGUUUUGGAAGAAGAGCUGAGAAUGGCGGGCGUGGCCCAGUGGCAGAACGCAAGCCUGGAAAGCUGGAGCCAGCCAAGGAGGCUGGGGAGGCAGAUGUCUGAGGGCGGCGGGGAGAAGCUGUUUCAAGACCUGUACCCGCUCGUUGCGGGAGAACACGCUUUGAGUCCUCAGAACAGAGGGAAAUCUCGGUCCUUGCCGAGAGUCCUCUCGCCCGAGAGUCUGAGCUGCGUGGAGGUGCCGCUGGCACUGAGUGGUAAACAUUCGCCGGGUGUCCCUAAGAUGCCACUUUAUCCUCCAAACUGUGCACCCAAUUUGGAAACCGCAAGGGACACCGAGAAGGGUGUCUUCAUCGUUCCUUUACCACAACCUAAGUUUGGGAGACCCCUGAAGCCUCCGUCCUAUGAGUCACACCAACAGUCCAGGGGGGGGGUGGAAAACAGCGAAUACCAGGACAGCCAGUCAACGGACAACCCGUAUGUCCCCUGUGUGACCAAAAGCAGUGAGCCCAGGCAGGAACGCUGUGGGUCGGACUCCAGUUUGGAGCCGCCAGUCUAUGUACCCCCACCGUCGUACCAUUCACCCUUGCCGCACAUCACAAACCCGUACCUGGAAGAUGCAGUGCCCAGACACGCAUGUGGGGGUCACAGGCAGCAGCACCCCCCGACCGAGAAAACCAGUACCAGCUGCCAGCGUUCUGCUGGCUCCCCGGGAACCGGGGACGAAUACACUGCAAGCCCACGCUCUCCUCGCGGGCGUCCCCAACACCCCUGUCCCACCACCGCUCACGACAGCUCUGUUCAGUACAUUCCUUUUGAUGACCCACGUAUCCGACAUCUUAAACUAACUCAGCCCCAAGGUUUCUGUGGAGAAACCCAGCUUUAUGAUAAGUUGUACGGCUCUGGGCCCGCUGCGCCCCAAGAGCCAGCUCAAGGGAAAAUGCAUCCUGGCGGUGCUGUUUACGGUGUGCGGGGCACAGUGCCCACGGCCGCGGGUGAGUGGGCCCCUGCCGUCUCCGCUCCUGGCCCCCAGUGGCCGCUGGGCCGGCUCCCCAGGGCUGGAGAACCCGCUGACAUUGGUGACCAAAGAGACAGCUGUGCAGUGAGAGGAGAGCCGUCUGACGUGAAAGGCGCCCAGCACGGGCGCUCAAGAGGCCGCGCUGCUUCCCCAGCCCCACAGGGCGAGAGUUCCCGUGAAACCGUAACCAAGCUCAAGAAGUUUGAAACCGGGCUCCAGACUAAGAAAAGUUCAAAGAAAAAAAAGAACGAGACUGUAUUUUGCUUGGUUUCCAUCCCAGUCCAAUCCGAGUCACAGCUGCCAGAGAUAGAUAGCAACAACAAUGCCUUAAAGCCGAGGGCGGAGAGAAAGAACGGGCUCGAUAAGAGCCCAGAGCUGCGAGAACAAAGUCUCCUCAGCAUGUCUUCCACCGACCUGGAGCUGCAGGCACUGAUGGGAAUCGUUGCCAGCAGAACAGAGCUGCAGAAACAAGGUCUGGGGGAAGCAGAAGACAGACAAACAAAUGACCUCAGAUUCAUUCACCCUACAGGACACAGAGCACCCAAGUAUGCUGGCUCUUGGCCAGGGCACCAGUUCAGAGACCAGCAAACGCAAACCAGUUUCACCGAAGAAUCCAGAAGCUCCCAGCUCCUCCCCAGUGCGAAGCCGGGAGGCUCAGGGAAUGCAGUGCUGACUCCGAAUUACUCGGACCCCACUGCCUCUGGCGCCCCGACACACACAGCGUUAGCUCCCAGUGACCAGAAGCAGAGGUCAAAUGUUCAUUCCUUAAAAGGUCAAGCGCACCUCAGCCAGUCGAGCAACAGCGCUUUCUCCAGGACGUCGUCAGCCAUGAGUCAGGCCCCUGCAUCCACAGCUUGCCGGCGUCCGCCCCACGUGGAUGUCCACGGACACGGAGCCAGCCCUGUCCCCAGGGACGAGGUGGUAAAGGGGGAACCGACUAGCCCAUGCAACAGUCAGCAGCUGUUCGGCCAGUUCCUCUUGAAACCCGUGAGCCGUCGUCCCUGGGAUUUAAUAAGUCAGCUAGAGAAUUUCAACAAGGAGCUUCAGGAGCAGCCAGAGAGCAGUCACAGCAGCAGUGAGGGUAGCAGCGAGGAAAGUGAGGCCGAGGGGCACCAGGAUGACGGCACGGUCUCCAGAUGGUCUGCGUUCAGCGGGUACAGCCAGGCGGGGAGAGGGGACUGGCAGCCAAGAACGCCGCCCGAGGAGCCCGCGCAGAGGUCGGGAAGAGUGAAGAGUAGGUCUGAGAGCCGCAGCGAAGAGGAGACGGCCGCUCCCCCAGCCCAGGGUGUUCUGCAGGCAGAGGAUAGCCGAGGGGACUCGUUCAGGUCGGCAGAUGGAAACUGGAUCACAGGCAAGAGAAACCAGGAGGUCGGAACCAGGAGAAGCAAGCUCGCCAUCAGCCCAGGUCCCAUGAAAAGAAUGAUGGUCUUUGGAUCAAACGACAUAAAACCAGCCCCUCUGUUCUACCCAGCGGGACUGAGGGAGCCACCCGAAAGCCAGAAAUUUACCAGGGAUGUACGUUCUGUGAAACUGAGCCCAGUGGACACUCUGGAGGCAGAGAGCGGGGACGAGAGGGAGACAGUGUUUCCGCUGUCUCUCGUGAACAAAAACCGAGGACUGUCAGCACCAGACUUGCGGUCCAUGGGGCUUCAUACGAGCCAAGAGCAGAGUGCCAGCAAGUUAGAUGGCUCUUUUGAAAAAGCAAGUGCAAUAGAAAUCCCCCCAAACGAGUCCCUUCAAGAAAGGGCUGAGCGGAUCCUGGGCAUCGAGGUUGCAGUGGAGUCCCUCCUGCGGCCCAGCAGGAGAGCUGGACGCAGCCAGCACCCCGCACCUGAUCAAAGUGCCUGCAGGCCGGAUUCACCCAGGGAAGAGCCACUGACCAGCUCAGCCCGGCCAGACGGCCCCGCAGCAUCAAAAGAUGCCUUUUAUGGCCGGAGAAAGUGCGGCUGGACCGAAAGCCCUCUCUUUGUAGGGGACAGAGACAUGACUAGACGGACUCCCCAGGCACCUGACCACUCAGUUCUGGACGGGGCCAUCAUCUGUGACGCCCCCCGCCCUGAGCCCCAGCCCAGCCCCCUGGACCCCAAGUGCUUGGAUCAAAGGGAGUCGGAGGCAAAACCAGCCUUCAGGUCCACUUUGUUCCAUUUUAUCGAGGGGAGCCCAGGUGUGGCAGACUCAGAAAAGAGGUGCAGAAACACUUCCAGAGUGAUCGAAAGUUUGCAAGAGAAACUGGCCUCCCCGCCGAGGAGAGCAGCCCCGGACCGCGUGAUGAGAAUGAGGGAGGUGAGCUCCGUGUCCCGGAUGCGGCUCCUGAGCUCCAGGAGCACCGAUUCCACGGAGGAGGCCGAGGAGCUGAAGGCAGAGGAGGGCGCGGGGGAGCAGCCAAGAGACUUUGUGUCUCUGAACGGCGGGGACCUGCCCCGGAGGGUGGCCUCCGCGCCCAAGGGCAUCAUCGUUCUGGAGGACAGCGGGCACGUGGCACCACAGAGUGCAAGACAGAGCGGGGAUCGAGCCUUCCCGUGCCCAGAUUCAUAUGAUCCCAGCAGAGUGGAAAGGGUGUGAUGAGAUACUAGUGAAGUCUGGGACGACUUUGGUGUGCCGAGUAUUCUCUGACUUGGGUCCAUCAGCCCAACUGGCCCAUGUACAAGCUGGAAACUGCGGGGUUUUAGUGUUGGUGCAUCCUUUGCCACUGCCACUGGGAAAUCAGUCAUUCAUUCAGAGUUGCUUCGUGGAGACAAAGCAAAAGUCCAUUGAAAACCAUCUGUGUUUAGAGCAUGAAGAUUUAAUCUUUAUAUUUAGAAAAGAGUUUUCAGAUGAACUCUCCUUAAUGAUGGAUUUGGCCAAGUUGGUAUAUAGUUUGGUGUUAAUCUGGUUCUGUGUGAACAUUUAAACAUGGGGGAUCUAGUGAAAUGAUGUUGGAAGGAUGGUGAGUGUUAUAAAUUCCCCUUCCUCAUGGCCACGGCUUAUGCCCCACGGUCGUGUGAAAGAGUCGGGGGCCUAGGCCUUUGCCUAGUAUUCAGCACUUUGCUUAGGGGAAAUGGGGAACGAAUACAUACGAUCCACUUCUUAUCAGUUUGGUCCUCCGCUGCUGGGAGUAACUUUACUUAUGAGUCACUUGCCAUCAGGGAAGAAAAGCAAUAUCUUUUAAGUCCCUGAAAGAUUGAAAGUUGUACUAUAACGUACUGAGAGUAUUAUUUAUCUGGCAAUGAAAUACUUUGAUCAUUUGCAAACAUGCCAUUGUCUGCUUUGCACUCAGUAUUAUCUAUUUUUAUUUUCUGUAUGGAUGUUUAGAAAUUCUUUAUAUGAAAAAUAAUUGCUAGUUUAAGGUAGACCAUUUUAACAAAGUAACUAUAUUUCUUUUUACAAAAAUGCUAUUUUUCUAUGAUGUAAACACUUGUCAGGUGGCAGAUUUUUAAGGAAGUAUUAUUUUAUUUAAAAGAGUUGGUAUCCCUCAGUGUGAAAGGAACCCAAGAAGGGUUGACACUUGCUUUAAAGCAUAUACUACGUCCCUUCCCACUUACCACACUGCUACUUUUCUUUUACUGUAGAAGGAGAUAACAGUGUAUACAUUACAGGGUUCAUAAAACAAACUCUCACAAGAAUGUUUUACAAAUGUAGCGGCAAGGUUACAUUUGAAAAUAACCCUCUCAAAACCAGCCAACAUCCUUACAGCAGUUUUUGCUGCCCUAUCAACUACAAUUACCAAAAUGUCGUUUUAGCCUUGUACGUCUGGGGGGUCUGCCCUGAGACGAUGCUUUCCUGCCCCUUGCCCUGCCCCUUUACAGAAAUACGUAUUUUUAUCUAGACUG